CGGGAGGUUUUUAAAUAUUGUGUAGCAAAAUUAAAACAGAGGUGAAUUUCAUAGAACUCUCGAGUCUUGACCACCCAUAGCAUCAUAACGCUUUCAUUCCGAAUCCCCGUCUUCUCUCCUAAUACCUUCUUCCUUCAAAGCUUUAUCCAAUAUCCAAAUAUCAUUCCAAUUUCCAAACCCUAAUUUUCUCACUCACUCUCUCUCUCCCCUCGCGCUAACAAUCUACGGCAAUUUCUCUUUCAAUCCCUCUUUUCCAAUUCGCUGAAUCUCAUUUCUUGAUUUCGAUCUUAAUCACCAGCCAUGUCUGCUCGCAAAAUUGAUCUACCGGUCGAUCCCCUUCUAUCAACCACCAAAGCCUCUCUAGAAAAUGGUGAUGAAAAGGUCACAUUGGAAUUCCUUGAUGAGGUUAAAGAUCAAGCAGCUUCUGAGAACAACAUUCCACUGUCCCCGCAAUGGCUCUAUGCCAAACCUAGCGAUGCUAAGUCGGAUGUUCGUGGUCUGAACACGCUGUCUCUUGGAAAUCCCAGUGAUCAGUCUCAGAAGGAAAGUGACAAGAAGGACUGGAGGAAAUUGGCUUCUGAAAAUGAGAACACAAGACGUUGGCGUGAGGAAGAAAGGGAAACUGGCUUGCUUGGCAGAAGAGAUGGCAGGAAAACAGAUCGUCGCGUUGAAAAUGUUUCUGUCAGGGAAAGUACCGAGUCAAGAAGUUUGCCCUCUUCUGAACGUUCAACAAAUCGCAACUCUGUUCAUGAUGCAAGGCGUGAUACCAAAUGGUCUUCUAGAUGGGGUCCCGAAGACAAGGAGAAGGAUUCACGGCCUGAGAGGAGAACAGAUGUGGAAAAGGAAGACGCUCAUAUCGAUGGUCAAUUAAGUGGAAGUGGCAGUCGUGAUGCUGAAUUCCGUGAUAAGUGGAGACCUCGUCAUAGAACAGAACCUACUUCCGGCGCACCUACUUCACACCGUGCUGCGCCUGGCUUCGGGGUUGAUAAAGGAAAGCUGGAUGUUCGUAAUUUCGGAUUUACUGUUGGAAGAGGGAGGUCAAGUGGGGGAUCUAUUGUAAAGCCUCCACUGGGGAGUACAAGUGCCACUGUCCAAGUUGACAAGGAUGAGCAUAUUCUUGGGAAGCCUAGUCUUUCAGUGGAUCCUUUUCGUUACUCUAGGUCGAAGAUUCUUGACAUCUACCGUGUUCAAAAACUUGAUGCAACUUCUUUUUGCAAGCCUGAUUUAAUGGAUGAAGUGCCCUCGUUAACCCGGAUGGAGGCUGUUGAGCCAUUGGCUUUCAUUGCACCAGAUGCUGAGGAAGAGGCAAUACUUAAUGAUAUAUGGAAGGGGUCAAUCAUUGGCAGUGGGGCUUCUUAUAGUCCAUUUAGAAAGGGAAAUUUAGCUGAGGUCGCCACAGGUACUGGCCACAUGGAUUCUAUUGAAGAAAAUCAGAAUGUUUUUCCUCCUAAUAUUGCGAAGGACGCUGUUGAAGAAAGACCAGCUGAAUAUGCUGCAGCAUUUAAUGUUUGGGUCACAGAAUCUGCGGGACCGAUGUCAGGAGCUCCAAAAUUUUCUGAUGUAACAAUAACCCAUGAUGACAAUUAUAAUAUCAAGGCUGCUGAGAUUGAGCGUGCUGCUUUUGAUAUGAGUUCUAAACUUCCUGAUGAUUCAAACUCUUUGUUUGUGUCAGAAUCUCUUGAUGAUAGCCGUUGUAACAAUCUUCUGUAUUCUCAGAGUGUGAGAGAUGUUAAUUGUGUGGGAGACUGUGUAUCUCCUGAGGAGUUAAGCUUAUAUUACCGGGAUCCUCAGGGAGAAAUACAGGGUCCAUUUCUUGGGGUGGACAUCAUUUCAUGGUUUGAACAAGGUUUCUUUGGUGCUGAUUUACCAGUUCGCUUGGCAGAUGCUCCAGAAACUGCCCCUUUUCAUGAGUUGGGUGAUGUAAUGCCUCACCUCGUAGUUCAAGAAGGGCUUGGUAUCAGGUCAGAUAUUGGUUCCAAGAUGGAUAACCUGGGAGGGUCUGCACCUUCCAGCGAAAUCAAUGAUUUGAGCACAUUAGAUUGUCAAUCUUGGCAGCGGUCUGAACUGGACGAUCACUUAAAUCAGCCAGCUCACUCUCUAAAAGUGGAGCAUGAUAUUCCAUCGAAACAUGCAUUUUCUGAUGGGAAAGGUCAUAAUGAUUCUUCUGCUCAGGAUGAAGAAAUUGUUUUCCCUGGAAGACCAGGCAGUGGUGAUAACUCUGUUGCGAGAAAUUUGAGAAGUGCUGAUGGGCCCAUUGCAAAUAUUGCUGGGUAUCAUACCCAUUCAAAUGGAGCUAAAGAAACUGGCAUGUCAAUUCAAAAGGAUGAUAAGCUGCACCCUUUUGGCUUGUUGUGGUCUGAACUUGAAGGUAAUUCAACCAGGCAUUCCCAACCCGUAAAUAUGCCUUCUACCACGGGUAUGCCUGGCCCUCUUUUGGGUCAUUCAGCUGGUGGAGUUUCUCCUUUCAGUGGAAUCUCUGAUCAGAAUAUUGAUGAAACAUGGUCCAACUUUUAUGACAAGGCUCCGAUUUCUAAUUCAAACAUACUUUGGGACUCAUUGGAUGCCCAACAAUUUUCUCACCUUGAUCAAGAAUCUAAUCAUCGUGAAUUAGCUGAGCAUAUAAUAUCAAUACAACUUCAGCAGCAGCAGCAGCAGCAGCGUAUUCAACAAAGAAAUCGGUUGUCUCAACUUUCUCACUUGAAUGAUUCACCUCUAGAUCAAGUGCCUGGUCGAGCUUCGCUGCAUCAGCAGCUGGCUAAUCAACCUUUAUCUGAACUUGAGCGCAUUGUGGCUCUUGAGCAGCAGCGUCAGCUGGAGCUACAGCAACAUUUGCGACAGCAGCAGCUUCAAAAAAUUUUUCUGCAGGAGCAGGAAUUACAAGCUAGACAAUAUGACCAGUUUCUUCAUGCUCCUGAGGCUGGCUUUGCUCAUUCUCACAUAGAUCCUACUACGAGCUUGGAUCAGAUUUUGAUGAAGCAGCAUCUUCGUGAUUCACAAGCCCAUUUGCACCAGCCUUCAAGGCAUAGUGAUCCAACUCUGGAACAGUUUAUUCAAGCAAAGUUAGGCCACACAACACAUCAAGAUCGCCAGGCCGGUCUCUUGGAAAUGAUGCAGCAUACUCGCAAUGAACCAUUUCGGUCUCAUCAGAUGCUUCAGCAGGAGCAGCUACAGGCACAGCAAAUGUCAAUGGGCGUAAGGCAUCGACUGGAAAUGGGGGAAGUAAGACCAACUGGCUCCAUUUGGCCAGUGGAAGAAGCAGAGCAUUUUCUUCGCAAUCCUGUUGGUUCUCAACGAGCUCAUUCUGCUGCUUUCAGCCCACCUCUAUUUAGCCCUUUAGACAUGCUGCAGCAGCAGGAGCACAGAGCAAAAGAGGAGCAGCUAAGAGAGUUUGAACGAAACCUUUUGCAGGAGAGACUAAAUAGAGGGCUAUAUGAUCCUGGGACGGUGUCCUUUGAACUGGCAAUGCCUAUGCAAGGUGGAGUUUCAGGUGGUAACUUAGAAUUGGCCAAUGCUAUGGCCCGAUUGCAGGGCUUGGAUAUUCAAGACCCAAACAAUCAUGUACGUUCUGCAGGUCAUCUUGGCUCCUUAAAUUCUGGCACCCAUACUCAUCAUCCUCACCAUUCUUUUCUUUCUAACGAAUUCAAUACACAUCAUGAUGUUGAGGGCCAUUGGCAUGAUAAUGAUAGUCGUAUGUCAAAUGAUUGGAUGGAUUCACAUAUGCAACAGCUGCAUCUUCAUUCUGAGCAGCAGAAAAGAGAGAAACUACUUGGUGAAGACAACUCAAAGAGAUUGUUCAUGGAACUGUUGCAUCAGAAAACUAACAAUCAACCAACGCAACCUCUAAAUUUCAAUGACAGUGCACCUUUAGAGAGAACACCUUCUGGAUUUUUUCCUGGGUCAAGCUCUGUAGAGCCUUUGUUUAACUUUGCCCUUGAUCGUGAUGUCGGUCUGGCCAGCCCCGCUGCUGUUCCAUCUUUUGUUAAUAUUCCAGAUGAGCAAACUCAACGCCGAGACGAGCAGAGGGGUGGCUUUGACACUAGUGGGAGAUUGAGUGGUCGAUCAAACUCUGGUUUAGUUGUAGAGGCAGAAUCUAUCUAUCCUGGAAUCGGUAGAAAUUCUUCUUUGAUUUUCAACAAUGCUGAUAUGAGUGUAAGCUCUUACAUCGACAGAGAAUUCUCUGAGGCGGAGAGAAAGAAGUGGGCUCCCAAAAUAGAAGGUUUGGUAAAUGAAUCAGCGGUGGAUAUGUCAGAGAAUCUUUCUAAGCAACCUGGUGUUGCACCACUAGAUGGAAGGGAGAUACAAGCCAAUUCCGUCAAUAGGCAAACCUCCAUUGGUAUUGCUGCUGGACAAGGUGGUUUCUACAAUGAAAAGUUUGGACAAUCUAAGUCCUUUGCUGAAGAGGUUGAUAGGAUGCCUGGUGCUCUUUCCAGAGGGUCAGAAAAUGUCUUGUUUAAACGUCCACUUGUUUCUCGUCCUUUCUCACCUCAAGAUGGUAUGUCUGAUCUAACUGUUGACGCUGCCACUAAAGGAAUGAACCCACCAAUAAGCACUCUUGAUGGCGGAAGACGAGACUUAGGAAGCAACACAGCUGUCCAAGCUCCUGAUACUUCUAAAAAGGAUAUGCGAUUCAGGCGAACUAAUUCUUGUAGUGAUUCCGAUGUCUCUGAUACAUCAUUCAUAGACAUGUUAAAGAGCAAUGCUAAGAAGCCACCGCAACCUGAUGCACAUGCUACAGGUGCUUCGGAGUCUUAUGAUGCUACCCAUGUUGGUAAGAGCGGGAAGAAGAAAGGAAAGAAAGGAAGGCAAAUUGAUCCAGCUCUUCUCGGUUUCAGGGUCACUAGCAAUCGUAUCAUGAUGGGCGAGAUUCAAAGGAUCGAAGAUUAACCUUUUUGCUCUAGCGUGUCGUGUACUCGUGUUUAUAUACCCAAUGCGUUUUCCGCCAGUUCUUGUAAGAGGUGUACAGAUUACCAUUUUUUGGUGUAAAGCCUUUUAUUUUUAUUUUCCUUGAGUGUAUAUUGAAUUUUUCUGUCAAUUACCCUGCUUUUUUACUUGUUCAUGAAGGGGGUGGUUGAUAUAGUUUAGUUUAGGAUUCCUGUGUAUCGGUUGUACAUACUGAGCUCGUUUUUGGAAAACUGCAGUUGAAUCAAAGAAAACUUCAAUAGCAAUCUGCAAUACGUUAUACAUCUGAUUUGUGCUCUUUCUGUGCAAUAAUACCUUAUUGUUCCAAGAUUAUACUUCUAUAACAAAAAUUAUAUUUAACACAUUAA